AAUAAUAUAUUCUGUGCUUGGAAUCUUGAAUUUGAAAAGAGAAAAGGAGAGCAGGGUUGAGAAGCCACGCCAUUUUGCGCCAUUUUGUUGGUGUUCAUUUUGGGUAUUUGUGUUUAGUGCAAAUUUCUUCACGAUAUUCAUUCGGUUGCAUCGAGAGAAACGUUUCCUUUACAAUUCUUUAUAAUCACUCAAAAUAUCUAGAAACAGGGGAACUAUGUCUCGUUACCGUGAGUGGGACCUUUCCUGUAAGGUUUAUGUCGGUAACCUUGGGUCUUCUGCUAGUAAACAUGAAAUUGAAAGUGCAUUUGGAAAAUAUGGACCAUUGAGAAAUGUUUGGGUUGCAAGAAACCCUCCAGGCUUUGCAUUCGUUGAAUAUGAAGAUCCAAGAGAUGCUGAAGAUGCAGUCAGGGGAUUGGAUGGAACGCGCUGCUGUGGAUCAAGAGUACGAGUUGAAAUGUCAAAUGGGCGAUCCCGAAGAGGUGGUGGAGGUAGAAGGGGUGGUUCUCGAUAUUCCAGGUUAGUUGAUUUAUAAAAAGUAGUUUAUGUUUUAAGUU